GUGUGUGAGAGCGAGUGAGAACGGCGCUGUUGGCGCUUAGGGCACUAAAGCGCACACGUACAAUAUAUUCUUAAGUAAAUUAAAAUGGAACUGCAUGACAUAAGACCACGUGGAAUUACUUCAAGAGACUCUUAACGUGCAAACACCUUGGCAAUGCAAUCAGAUAGGGUAGCUCGGCGCUUGGCAGACUGGGAAAGAGCUACCAGUCUGUAACCUCUACAAUCAACACAGCGUUACAUCCCGACUCAACAGACUCGGGGGAAAUAAUCCGAUCUGGAAAGAAAAAAAAAUCAUGGCAACGUCAGAUGUUUUGCUACUUACUUCUUGAUCUCGAUCAUCAAUAAUUCACCUGUGAGCUUCUAGAUACAGGAAGGAUAUUUCCACACACUGUUAAAUCUAUAAAGAAACCCGUAUCCGAAGGUUUUAAGCAAACAUCCAAGCCAAAGGGAUUAUUGGGAAAACUGCUGUGGAGAUCACUUUCUGGUGUUUUACAAUGUUCAUUAUUAUAUUCAGUAAGGCUUUGUUCACAAUACUGAUUUUUCUGAUUGGGUUGGCUUUGUAUAUUGAACUAGUAGUGGCACAAAACGACACAGAGCCCAUUGUUCUGGAGGGCAAGUGUCUCGUGGUCUGCGACUCCAAUCCAGCAAGUGAUUCCAAAGUGUCGUCUUCUCCGCUUGGGAUCUCUGUCCGUGCAGCGAACUCCAAAGUAGCUUUCUCCGCCGUGAGAAGCACUAACCAUGAGCCUUCUGAGAUGAGCAACAAAACUAGAAUCAUUUACUUUGAUCAGAUCCUUGUGAACGUAGGCAACUAUUUCACCUUGGAAUCCGUUUUCUUAGCACCAAGAAAAGGAAUUUACAGUUUUAACUUUCAUGUCAUCAAAGUAUACCAGAGCCAAACCAUUCAGGUAAAUCUGAUGUUAAAUGGAAGACCUGUCAUUUCUGCAUUUGCUGGAGAUAAGGAUGUCACCCGUGAAGCCGCCACUAAUGGAGUUCUGUUAUUUCUAGACAAGGAGGAUAAGGUUUAUCUGAAACUGGAGAAGGGAAACCUUGUUGGAGGGUGGCAGUACUCUACAUUCUCUGGGUUUCUGGUUUUCCCCCUGUAAAAAGGGAGUGCUCCCCAAGCAAGCUCCAUUCACUUGUGGUCUAGUUGUUAUCUCCGUUUAGUAAACUCUUCAGCGUCAAUGGAUUUCACCUCUGAAUCCCAGUCCUGCACAGUGACUUUGUAUAUGGGAAGAAAGUGACAAGAGGAAGAAAGAAAGAAAUGUGAAAAUGAGUCAGGCAUCAGUAAGACAAGAUUGUGCUCCAAAACUUGAAUUGCAUUACUCCCAUUGGCAUUACCCUGUAGUUUGCUCAUCUCAAAGCAUCUUCCCUCCUUGAUUGUGUUUCUCUGAAACUGUAGUGGUAAGUAAUUGCAAUAAACAACCAAAAUCAUCAAUUAAAAAUAAAUAAUUAAAACAAAUACAUAUAAGAAGGUAUUACACAUGUGUUAUAAGGUCUUUAGGCGUUUCCUGCCCCCCCCCCCCCCCCCCCGUCCAUAGUUUACAUUUUGUUUUUAAUACUGUACCUUGCCCACAGUACAGUGCAUGACACUUCAUAACCCCCUACUGUGGCAGGUAGUAUCAGAAGCAAGCCUUUUCAUUUCACAGAAUGACAGACUGGCAGGAAGGGUACAAAGAGGAAAGAGGUUUGAAUGCCUGGAGUUGAAACUCCCUUCGUGUAGCGAAAGCAAACGAGAAGAGAAACAAAGAUGGGCUGUUAUGAAGUAAAGGUUAAUUAUGAAAGUGUGUAGUAUAAAGUCACCCAGAAGUACCAUAAAACUGAGCAUUAAUGUGGAGCACUGCAGCUACAUGAUGUAAUACAGAUGUAAUUAAAGCAAUAGAAAGACAUUAAUAAUUUAAACUCAGCCCCAUUCGUUUCAGGUCGCCAGCACACCGAAAUUUAAGUGCAUAUUACUCAGGCAAUGUAAAAGCCACCUAUGUGGUUCAGGGCUUGUUUAAAAGUACAGACCCGGCGCUUUCCAAUGACAUACUCACUGUUGGUAGGUGGUAUUCCUAGCCAGGGCUUCGAUCGCCUGAAGGUAAGCCACUCAUCAUGUGACAGGGGUCACCUGCAUAGGUUUUGUUGAGAGUCGAUUACUGUAGCUGAAACAUAAAACAAUUAGCUUCAUUUUUUCACCAUAUUCAUUUCCUGUUGAAGUUUAAUGCUGCAGUGUUUUUUUGAGCCGUCUAUGAUUACAAAAUAUAUAGCAGUGACCAAACAUGAUUUUUAUUUAUUUAUUAUUAUUUUAUUUUUACAUAUAUUUUCAUCUCUGCCACGUAUAGUAUGCCUGAUCCUGUUGCUAACCAAUAUAAUAUAUAACUUAUAUCAUUUGGUAUAAGUUACAUGUAUGCAGCACAAACUAUCUAGUAGUUACACAUACAUAAACCGUGAAACACAGGCGGAAAUAGGGCUGAGUUUAAAGAGUUUUUAAUGAGAGACUCCACAAACAGAGCGUGAGAUAUUUGGGUUGUGAAGGCCAUGCUCGUUAUUGUAACAUUGGAAUCUGUUUCUAUCAACAACAGAGCUCCACCUAGUGUGUUAUGUCACUGCAUCCAGAAAAGCAGCUCAUGGAAACAUCAUGCAGUACUGUGUAAAAGACUUAGCAGCAAACAACUUCUCAAAGAGCUUUAGUGUUUACUGAAACUGAAGUCACUCUAAGGUGCUAUGUUAAUUAUGCCGACCAGAGGAAAACUUGGAGGAUAUAGAUGAUGAAGAAAUUCUCCAAACUGCUUGGAGGUUGUAAGAUGGAAUCGAUGAAAGGUGGACUAUGGGAAACUGAUUAGCAGUUACUCUGUGGACUGUAAUGCUCGAGAGGAGAGAUUUGUUGACCUGAGCAAUGCAAGACGCUAUUGUUGUGUGUGUUCACCACUGCACUGUCAAGCAGUGGACAAUUUAUUAAUUUUAUUAGUGAUAUGCAACAAUCGGGUCAUAUUGAUGGACUAGUUCCCUGGGUUAAAUAAGAUGUUGUUGUGAUAAUGCUGCUUGUGCCACCUUCUGCUGCUUUUAAAUGCCUGUUUUUGGAUCUGUUUGAAAUGUGUGUGUUUGUUCUGCGUCUCAAUAAAGAGCAUCAUUGCUAUAUACUGCC